AUGUUUGCUGACGAUACUAUUUUAUUUGGCCGUGCUAAUGUUAGAGAAGCGAAGAGUUUCAUAGAUUGUCUCUCUGUGUAUGAAAGGUGGUAUGGGCAAGAAUGUAGCAAACUUAAGUCUAGUGUGCUUCUGUCUAGAAACUUGGACUCGAACUAUAAAAAAGUGAUGAUGGAUUCUCUGGCAAUUAGAGAAUCAAAUGGUGAAGAACGACACUUAGGGAACCCCUUCGUGUUCAAAAGGCGUAAAAAAGAAGAAUAUAGAAGACUGAAGGAAAGUGUGAUGCACAAACUGGAAGUGGCGUCCUCCUUAUCAGUUUAUGCUAUGUCAACCAACAAAGUGCCUCUGUCCAUUUGUCGGGACUUAGAUGCUUUGAUUCGUCAAUACUGGUGGAGAGGAAAUGUGGAUAAAAAGCGAUUUUUAGCCUUGAGAUCCUGGGAUCAAAUCUGUCAACCAAAGAUUUUCGGGGGUCUCGGAAUUAGGCGGUUUGAAGACAUGAAUAGGGCCUUACUAGCAAAGUUGGCAUGGUGUUUAGCUAGAGGGGAGGAGAAACCUUGGGUGAGGUGCUUACUUCAAAAGUAUUGCAAAUUUGAAAGUUUUUGGGAAGUGAACAAGAAGGGCUGUGACUCUUAUUUCUGGAAGAGCAUAGUGGAGAUUCGAGAUGUUAUCCUCAAAGGUUCUAUGUCUCUUGCGGCAGAUGGAUCAGCAAUAAACUUCUGGACACAACCCUGGAUUCCUUGGCUCGAGGGAGAGGAGUUCCUUCAGCUGAUGCAAAGUUUGAAGUCAAGAAGAUUCACUGUCAAAAGGGGGGUUGAUGUAUCCAUAGGUAAUACGUGGAACAAGGAGAUGAUCAUACAAAUUUUUGGUCAAGUUAUGGGCAGUCGCAUUUUGGAAAUUCCAAGAUUACCAAUUUCUUCCAAGGAUAAGGUAGUUUGGAAGAAUAAAAGGAAUGGAAACUUUUCAGUCAAGAGUGCCUAUGGUGUGGACCAAAGUUUCAGAUUUGCUCCCAAGAAGGAAGUUUGGAAGUGGCUGUGGGAAUCUGAUCUUCACCCCAGAAUUGCUAUCACUGUGUGGAGAGUUUUGAAUGAUGCUAUGGCCUUAAGAAGCAAGCUCCAAUUUGUGAAGGAGAAAGAUUGUGUGCUGUGUGACAAUGGAGUGGAGACUAGUCUGCAUUUGUUUAGAGAUUGCAGCUUUGCCAAAAGUCUUUGGUUCUCAACCUUAAUUCCGAUUCUGAUUGAUCGUAUCCCAGGGGAUGAUAUGUUCCAGUUUCUUGAGAACUUGGUUGCAAUCAAUGCAAAUGAGGCUCGGACAAGAGUGAACAAAUCUUUCCUCGAUCAUUCUUCAUAUUCCAGCCGAGAGGAGAACAGUGAUAUGAAGGGGAAUGCUAUAAGGAAUGGACCAGGAGUUUUGUUACAAUUGUAUGCCCCCAGGGCAGAACAUAUCAUUUGUACUGAUGCUUCCUGGCUUAAAGGAACGGCGGGCUUGGCGGCAGUCGCGUUUCAUAAAGAAAAUAGGGGUUGGGCUUACUUGACUCAACAAAUUACUGCUAUCACACCCUUAGAGGCUGAGAUCAGAGCAAUUCAGAUGGCCUUAGAGUGGGCUUUGGACAAUGAUUGGAAAGAAAUCCAUAUUCUUUCAGACUGUCAACAAGCAACAGAGGCAUUCCAAAAGAAACAAUGCCCAGCGGAUUGGAAAACCUUUAGUGUAUCUUUAGUUGUUUUGGAACUUAUUAAUCAGUUUAGUAGUUGCAAUUUCUUUUUCAUCAAGCGUUGUAGUAAUGUGUAUGCGGAUGGCCUUGCAAAGAGCGCUAGAUUAGCAGCUCUUGAUCCAGGUAUAGUCCUAGGGGAGGGAAUUCCCCCUGUAAUUCCCACUUAUCUUUAG